AUGGACGACGUGCUGUACGCGACGGACCGGUUCCUCUUGGAGCCCUACCUGUACUCGUUCAUCGACUCGCCGCUGGUGCAGGAGCCCACUCUGCCGAGAAACAUUUUCGGGGUGUGGUUCAUCUUGUCCAUUGGCGGCAUCCUCAUGUACAUCAGCUUCGCUGCGCUCAGCUACCUCUUCAUCUUCGACAAGUCUGCCGAGAAGGACCCUUUGUUCCUGAAGAAUCAGGUGGCGAAGGAGAUCGGCCUGUCGCUGGCCUCCAUCCCGUUCAUGGGUGUGCUCACCACGCCCAUCAUCCUUGGAGAAAUCUACGGUUACAGCAAGUGCUAUGACAACGUCGAGGAGUACGGCCUGCCGUUCCUGAUCCUGACCAUCUUCACUUUCCUGUUCUUCACCGACUUUGGCAUCUACUGGAUCCACCGUGCUCUGCACUCCAGAUACCUCUACUUCUGGUGCCACAAGCCCCACCACUGGUGGAAGGUCCCGACGCCCUUCGCGUCGCACGCCUUCCACCCGGUCGAUGGCUGGGCGCAGUCUCUGCCGUACCACAUCUACGUGUUCCUCUUCCCCACGCACAAGUGGACCUACCUCGCGUUGUUCGUGUUCGUCAACUUCUGGACCAUUUCGAUCCACGAUGGUGACUACCGCGUGCCUGGCUUCUUCCGUCCCAUCUUGAACGGUGCGGCGCACCACACGGACCACCACCUUCUGUUCAACUACAACUACGGCCAGUUCUUCACCCUCUGGGACAGAAUCGGCGGGUCCUACAAGACCCCUCUCGUCCACGAGAGCCCCGAGAAGCAGGAGGAGGCCAAGCGGAAGAAGGCUGCCCGCAAGCAGAAGAAGGCCGAGUAA